ACUACACUCUACAGUACUCACCUCUAGCGGCUCGUUCGUCAUCGUCCAUUGUUGUUCUCAUAGGCUACAUCGAGAAAUUUCGACUUAGUUACAUUCAUUGAGAAUCAUGGCGCUUAUUUCUGCUAAGACGAUUUUUAGUCCCGUAUUGAAGCAAACUUUCAAGCAAAUUGUCUUCACGAGACAAUUGCCAAAAUGCCAAAAUUAUCAACUGACCGGUCAGUUAUUCCUGCCGAUUGUUAGCAGCCAAAGAUCUUAUGCAGAGAAGAAAGUUUAUGCCCGUACCAAACCACAUUGUAAUGUAGGUACAAUUGGCCAUGUGGAUCAUGGCAAAACAACUUUGACAGCAGCAAUUACCAAAGUACUGGCAGAGAAAGAUCUCGCAAUAGCGAAAGGAUACACUGAGAUAGACAAUGCGCCUGAGGAAAAGGCUCGUGGUAUCACUAUUAACGUCGCACAUGUCGAGUAUCAGACGGAAAAUCGUCAUUAUGGGCAUACAGAUUGCCCGGGUCAUGCCGAUUAUAUUAAAAACAUGAUCACAGGAACGGCGCAAAUGGACGGUGCUAUUCUAGUUGUCGCUGCGACAGAUGGCACUAUGCCACAGACCAGAGAACACUUGCUGCUGGCUAAACAAAUUGGUAUCGAGCACAUUGUUAUAUUCAUCAAUAAGAUUGAUGCUGCCGAUGCUGAAAUGGCGGAAUUGGUAGAAAUCGAAAUACGAGAAUUGCUUUCCGAAAUGGGCUACGACGGCGAUAACGUGCCCAUAGUGAAAGGCAGCGCAUUGUGCGCGCUCGAGGGGAAGAACUCCGAAAUAGGCGCGCAGGCGAUUAUGCAGCUGUUGAGCGAAGUGGACAGAUAUAUCCCGACCCCACAGCGAGACAUGGACAAACCUUUUCUAAUGCCGGUGGAAAAUGUAUACUCCAUCGCUGGGCGUGGUACCGUUGUCACCGGUAGACUAGAGCGUGGGAAAAUCAAGAAAGGAAUGGAUUGCGAGUUUGUCGGUUACAAUAAAACAUUCAAGAGCGUGAUCACAGGCAUAGAGAUGUUCCAUCAAAUAUUGGAGGAAAGCCAUGCCGGAGAUCAGGUGGGCGCUCUGGUGAGAGGUGUGAAGAGGGACGAGAUUAAAAGAGGCAUGAUAAUGGCCAAACCCGGCACUGUAAAGGCGCACGAUCACUUGGAAGCGCAAAUAUACUUGUUGACCAAAGAGGAAGGAGGUCGAAAGAAACCCAUCGCAAAUUUAAUACAGCUGCAAAUGUUCAGCAAAACGUGGGACAUCGCGGCACAGUGCACGAUAGCGGGAGGAAAGGAUAUAGCUAUGCCGGGAGAGGAUUGCACAUUGGAACUGAAGAUGCUGAAGCCAGUGGUAUGCGAGAAAGGCCAACGUUUCACGCUGCGAGACGGAUCGUUGACUCUUGGCACCGGUGUGAUCACCAACAUCUUAAAAGCACUUUCGGAGUCGGAACGUAUAUUCCUUCUCGAGGGCAGGAAGCAGAGGGAAAAGAGAGAGAAACAAAAGCAAAAGCAGUAGAUUUGAAUUUAAGCAAAAUAUUUGUUACCCGGUGCAGAAAUAAAAAGAAGAAAGUAUUAUAUUGAAGGGGAAAAAAAGGAUGUAAAUGAUUUAGAUAACCGGGUUACGAUCGGAAU